CUACUCCCUUCAUCUCCUAUUGACCAACUUGUACAAUCACGUCUUAUUCGUAAUAAGGAUUUCCAAUUUAUUACAACCGAACCAGCUCAUGCCUCCAAACAGGCCUUCGAUUUGUUCAAUUCCUGCGUUUUCCCACCAAUUUCACAAUACGGAACUAUAAUUACUAGACUUUUCCCAAUUCUUCACAGGAGUUCUGUUUUCCUUAUCUCCAGUGAUAUAGCCUUCACACCCUUGAACCUCUUUGUCCAAGGAAAACAAAAGACCCCCCAGACUAUAAGUCGUGGAAAUCCUAGUCGUUGUCGCAGUGGUCAGCCUAAGCGUGAUCUGCGAAAUCACAGGACACGCUAUCUUGCAGCUUGCAUACCCGACUUUGUAUCGGGUACAUUAAUUACUCGAGAUCAUCAAUACAUGUUUAUACAAACUUCGUCAAUAAUCUACAAUUUGGGAAAUGGAUUUUAA